CGCCUCCGCCCGGGCAGGCCCUCGCCCGCCAUCUUGGGUCUCCUCACGGAAAGUUUGCAAAGAGGCGAAAAGAAAACAAGAGAGGCGGAGGCCAUGCCGGUGCGGAGGCAAGAUGCGGAGCGGGCGGUGCGGCUGCUGGAGGGCUACCGCUCGGGCCUGGCCGGGGCGGAGGACCGGCAGCUGCGCGGCUCCCUCGAGCGCGUCAUCGGCGUCUUCCGGAGCUCGCUCUUCCGCGCCCUCCUCGACAUCCAAGAGUUCUACGAGUCGACGCUGCUGGAGAACCCCAAGAGCGCCGGGAGGCCACGCCCCCUCGAGAGCGCCCCGCCCCUCGCCGCCUGGGACCUCUCCGCCCCUCCCGGCGCCCCCCUCCCCGCCACCAGCCUCGGGACACGCCCACGCUCGCCCCCCCACGCCGAGGCACCACCAACACCACCGCCAGAGAAGUUCCGCUCGCAGGAGGAGGAGAGCGCUCCGCCUUCCGUGGCGCCCAGCAGCUCCUCCCCGCACCCGGCGCCCAGCGAAGGCACGGCCGCUCCGGAGCUGGUCCAGGUGUCCGAGAAGAGCCUCUCGCAGGUGGAGAACAUCCACGGCCUCGUCUCCCACGCGCACAUCUCCCCCAUCAAGGCAAACCCCCCUCCGCUCCUCGUGAACGCAGACACUUCGGAGACACCGACUUAUGUCAAUGGCACGGAUGCAGACUAUGAGUAUGAUGAAAUCACUCUGGAGCGGGGCAAUUCCGGGCUUGGCUUCAGCAUCGCCGGCGGGACGGACAACCCUCACAUUGAGGACGAUUCCAGCAUCUUCAUCACCAAGAUCAUCCCCGGAGGGGCGGCCGCUCAGGACGGACGGCUGCGGGUGAGCGACUGCAUCUUGCGCGUCAACGAGGUGGACGUCCGGGACGUGACGCACAGCAAAGCCGUGGAGGCCCUGAAGGAGGCUGGCUCCAUGGUGCGCCUGCACAUCAAGCGGCGGAAGCAAGUGACAGAGAAGAUCGUGGAGAUCAAGCUGGUCAAGGGCCCCAAAGGCCUCGGUUUCAGCAUUGCCGGGGGGGUCGGGAACCAGCACAUUCCUGGAGACAACAGCAUCUACGUCACCAAAAUCAUCGAAGGCGGCGCAGCGCACAAGGACGGCAGGCUCCAGAUCGGAGACAAGCUCAUGGCAGUGAACACCGUCUGCUUGGAGGAAGUGACCCACGAAGAGGCCGUGACCGCCCUCAAGAACACCUCCGACCUGGUCUACCUGAAAGUAGCCAAGCCCACCAGCAUGUUCAUGAACGACAGCUACGCCCAGCCCUCGGAGCUCGCCAACUCGUACUGCCAGCCGAUGGACAACAACCACGUCAGCCCCCCCUCGGGCUUCCUGGGGCAGACCCCUCCGCCAGCGCCCUCACCCGGGAGAUACUCCCCGACCCCCAAGGGGAUGCUGGGAGACGACGAGAUCACCAGGGAGCCUCGUCGGCUGGUGCUGCAGAGGGGCUCCACGGGGCUCGGCUUCAACAUCGUGGGCGGUGAAGACGGGGAGGGGAUCUUUGUCUCCUUCAUCCUGGCCGGGGGCCCGGCAGACCUCAGCGGGGAGCUCCGUAAGGGGGACCGCAUCAUCUCGGUGAACGGCGCAGACAUGAAAUCAGCCACUCACGAAGAGGCAGCGGCCGCCUUGAAGAACGCUGGCCAGACGGUCACCAUUGUGGCCCAGUACCGCCCAGAAGAAUACAGCCGCUUUGAGGCCAAAAUCCAUGACUUGCGGGAGCAGAUGAUGAACAGCAGCAUCAGUUCGGGGUCUGGCUCCCUGCGGACGAGCCAGAAGCGCUCCCUCUACGUCAGGGCCCUCUUCGACUACGACAAGAUGAAGGACAGCGGCCUGCCCAGCCAGGGGCUCAACUUCCGCUUUGGGGACAUCCUCCACGUCCUCAACGCCUCCGACGACGAAUGGUGGCAGGCGCGGCUGGUGGUCCCGGGCGGAGAGGGCGAGGAGGUUGGCGUCAUCCCCAGCAAGCGCAGGGUCGAGAAGAAGGAGCGCGCCCGGCUCAAGACGGUCAAGUUCAAUUCCAAAGGCAGAGGGGAGAAAGGGCAGUCAUUCAAUGAUAAGCGUAAAAAGAACCUCUUUUCCCGCAAGUUCCCCUUCUACAAGAACAAGGAGCAGAGUGAGCAGGAGACCAGUGAUAUGGACCAGCACGUCACCUCCAACGCCAGCGACAGCGAAAGCAGCUACCGUGGCCCCGACGAGUACAUCUUGUCCUACGAACCGGUCUCCCAGCAGGAAGUGAGCUACACGCGGCCGGUGAUCAUCCUGGGACCCAUGAAGGACCGCAUCAACGACGACCUCAUCUCCGAGUUCCCCGACAAGUUUGGCUCCUGCGUCCCCCACACCACGCGUCCGAAGCGGGACUACGAGGUGGACGGGCGGGACUACCACUUCGUCACGUCCCGGGAGCAGAUGGAGAAGGACAUCCAGGACCACCGCUUCAUCGAGGCCGGGCAGUACAACAACCACCUCUACGGGACGAGCGUCCAGUCCGUGCGGGAGGUGGCUGAGAAGGGCAAGCACUGCAUCCUGGACGUCUCUGGAAACGCCAUCAAGAGGCUGCAGAUCGCCCAGCUGCACCCCGUCGCCAUCUUCAUCAAACCCAAAUCCGUGGAGAACAUCAUGGAGAUGAACAAGCGGCUGACGGACGAACAGGCACGGAAGACGUCCGAGAGGGCCGUGAAGCUGGAGCAGGAAUUCACUGAGCAUUUCACUGCCAUUGUCCAGGGCGACACCUUGGAGGAGAUCUACGACCGGGUCAAGGCGGUCAUUGAGGAGCACUCCGGCCCCUGCAUCUGGGUCCCGGCCAAGGAGAAGCUCUGAGGGGCUGACUCUGCCACGGCCCCCCACCCAGCGCAAGACUGCCUCCCCCCCCUCUCUCUCUCUCCCCCGCCCAGAGAGUGAAUGGGCCAAUGAGCAGGUGCCCUUGCUGCCCCCCCCAGCACCUGCUCCUCCUCUGACCCCCCCCCAACUCAGCUCCGCCCCUUUGGUGCCCUUUCCUGCCGUCCGGAGCCUGACCCCCCAAAAGGGCACCCCAAGGGGGGGGCUCCCCUUUCUCCCCACGGGAGGCGGUUGGUCAGUCGGGGUCGGCGGCCUGGCUCCGCUCCGGUGGGAAGGAGACGGGGAACCGCCGGGUAAAGUCCUUAAUGUUUAAGGGAACGUCGUAUCCUCCGGAGAUUUUGGGAAAACAGAGCUUUAUAUUCCGCGUCCUUUUUUUCUCUCUGUCUUGAGAUUUCUUAACAAAAAUGACAGAAAAGUGGUCUUAACGCAACCCGUUGUGAGCCAUUUUGCACGCUUAACUUUACUAGCAUGGUUUGGCCCCUCAAGGGGCUUUGGGGUCGUCGAGGGCUUCCUAGUCUCGUAGCGUCCUGUCCUCCUCGGCCACGGACCCGUCCGUCUCGCGGGCCCCCCACCGGGACUUGUUCUUCCAUGCGUCCGACUCGAUGUUUGCUUGGCUGGCGCCGUUUCAUAAGGGAAGGCUCAUUUCCACAGUUUCAUAAGGAUAUCCUUUAUAGUCUAUUUUUUCAUGUUUUGUGAUGCCAUUGCCGGGGGGGAAGGGCUCAGCCCCCUCCCGUCUCCGGUGGUCUUCCGCCUCCAAGGCUCUUCCGGGCACACGGCGGGGGGGGGGGGGGGCUGGGGGCUGCCUUUGUGAACCCAGAGCCGUUUGGUGCUUCGGCGGCCCUUUUCCUCUCUCUCCCGGAGACGUUUUGCAAGACUCUCUUAUCAUCCUUCUGGUGCGGACUCUGAGUCAGAGUCUGGAAAUAUAAAUAUGUUCUUAGAGGUCAGAUUUUAAUGGAUAUUUUACCCACAAUAACUGCCUAUUUUGUUAUAAUGAAACAUAUUAUAUACAUACAUAUAUACAUAUAUAUAAAUAUAAAUAUAUUAAACUUUCUUUAACUAAA